AUGAAGAAUUCAACAACGGCGCUGUCCGAUCUUCCACUAGAUUUGGUAGAGAAAGUGAUAUGUAGGGUUCCGUUAACAUCUCUUAGAGCAGUGCGAACUACUUGCAAAAACUGGAAUGGUUUGUUCACACAUCGUCGGAGCUUUACAAAGAAGCACAUCCGUAAAUCAAGAGCAGCAACGAAGAAGAGAGAGUUUAUGGCAAUCAUGAGGAUCAAUGCUAGUGUUGAUCUAAUGAGUUUCAAUCUCCGUGGACUUGAAAAUGAUGACGACGUUGAAACAUUUAUAAAUCGAAAAGGUAAAUUCAUUAACCUAAACGAUGGAGAUGGAGUUGAUGAUAUAUAUAGCGUCUCCCACUGCAGUGGCUUGUUGUUAUGCACCACCAGACCAAAAAAUUCGAGGCUUAUGGUUUUGAACCCUUAUCGUGGGCAAACAAGGGGGAUCGAACCCAUUGACCACGAAUGCGACAUGGACUCGUACGUUCUAGGAUACGAGAAGAAGAACAUGAAGUCGCAUCGUUGCCACAAAAUCUUGAGAUCUAUGGAAAUGACCUCGAUUUUGAAAGAUGAUAUCGGACUCAUUCAGGAAGUACGACGUCGUAAGUAUCAAAUCUACAAUUUUAACUCCGAUUCAUGGAAGGAUAUUCAUCCGACUCCCAACAGGCACUUGCGGUUUUAUACACGUGACGUGUCUCUCAAGGGAAAUACUUACUGGCUUGUUCGAUGGGAUACUAAAUGGUGUAUGCCAAGGCCACCUCGCAAUUUACCUCUAAGGGAUUGUAUGCGAAGGCCACCUUGCAAUUUAUCUCUAAGGAAAUCAUUCCGAGGACGAGUAAGAGACAACUCUGACUUGCUUUUAGAAAACCGACUUAGAAUGGAAGAACGAGUAAGAGAAACCCGAAAGUUCUUUUUACUCUGUUUUGAUUUCACAAGGGAGAGAUUUGGACCGCCUCUAGAUCUACCGUUCGACUAUCGCCGAGAAGAUAGUGUGUCUCUAUCUAGUGUAAGAGAAAAGCAGCUUGCAUUGUUAUGGCAGCGAUCCGGUACAUUAAAGAUGGAGAUAUGGAUUAGUAAUAAGAUUGAGCCCGAAGCGGUGUCGUGGAGCAAGUUGUUUGUAGCUGUGAACCUGAAAACACGUCUUACGACUUUGCCGUUUGAACAAGGGAGUUUUUUUGUUGACAAGGGGAAGAAAGUCGUUGUAGUUUUUGAUAGAGACUUAGAGAUGCACUGGGUAGCUUAUAUAAUCGGAGAGGAUGGAUGUUUUAAAAAAGUGGUUUUUGGAGAAUAUAUAAACAAACAUGGUUGCCCAGCAAUUUUGUGCCCUUAUGUUCCAAGCUCAGUGCAAAUCAAGCAGGCUACACCACGAGGCAAUCAUGUUGAUUAA